GUCUCAAAUCCUCUUUCAGCAGGAAGGAGGACUGUUUCCAUCUUUUCCUCUGAGUCCCCGACAGAGGUCAUGUGGUUAGAGACUAAAAGAGGAAGUGAAACCUGUAGCACUCCCUUUUCACUUCUCUCACUUUAUUAAUAAAUGAACACAACAACGCUGUGGUCGGUUUUGUAGUCUUCACACAUUGUCCUCAGAGGCUGUUCAUUAGCUGGACUCUUCAGCCUGUUCACUGGGAUUUGCAAGUUUGCUUCUCCUGGAGACAUGGAGGCUGUGGUUGGACUGUUUGUGAUGCUUCUGGGAGUCUCUCACGGUGUGGAAUCUCACUGUGAUGGACGACAGGACAGAGCUCAGUGUUUUGGAGCUUUGGGAGGAACUCUGGUCCUCCAGCUGAUGAACGAUGCCUCAGAAAUAUUUAAAUACCAAUGGUUUAAGGAUGGAACAGUAAUACUGAGUGGGAAAAAGGAUAUAUUUGUGUCUAAUACAGAAGGAAACAGAUCAUUCUUUACUCCCAGUAAUGGAACAUUUAGGGUCAAUAACCUGAGCAGGAUUGAUGGUGGUGAAUAUAGACUUGAAACCUUUGAUUCAGAUGGAAAGUCAUCAGGUCCCAGGUUUCAACAGUUGACCAUUCAAGCUCCUGUGUCCUCUGUCCUGCUGGUCCAUGCGUGUCUGUCCCAUGGAGAGAGGAAGGUGUCUUGCUCCUCUGAGGGAGCAGACAGUCCUCAGUACAGCUGGACUCUGGAUGGACACAAUCUGACAGACUCUGAGCUCCUCGGUGGAAACACUGAGAGGAACAUCAUCACUCUGAAACAACACGUCUCAGGACGACUGGUCUGCUCGGUCAGGAAUGACGUCAGUAGUUACUCAAGAGAAGAGACGGUCUCUACCUGUGGCUUCAUCUUCAUUAACUGCACCUCAGCCAAUGGGACGCGCAUAUCACAGUGGGUGUUUGCAGCCAAUAAUACUCUGUGUAUUGAAACAACAGCUUCCCCCACAAACACAGCACCAUUAUCUUAUGAGAGAAUAUUGACAACAGCAGCUUAUGUACUGGCUGCACUCGUACUUCUGUUAGUGGUCGGGGUCUCUGUCGUCUGUGCUCACAAGAAAAAGCAAAAAAACAAACCUAAAGAAGAAGACAACCAGGAAUUAACCUAUUCUGAGGUCAGGAUUGGACCGCGGCCGGGGAGGCAGAUGAAGCAGAGAGCAGAGGAGGAGGUGGAGUACGGGAACGUGAAGUUUUCACAGCGACCCCGACACAAUGUUGAACCAGCUGCAGAGUGUGUGUACGCCAACGAAAGGUGAGAAAGGUGAUCCACAGGGCACAUGAAGCUUCAAUUCUUUUCACCCGAUUUUAUGAAAAAAUAUUCUAAUAACAAUAUUUUAUGUUCCCCUAUCUUAACAAUUUGUCCGAUAAUGUUAUAAUUACUAAUUAUUUUUUAUACAAUGUCGUUAUUCUUCCAUCCUGAGCCGGGGCAAAAUUGAUUGAAGAUAUCCUCCAUUGUGACUUAGUCACAUUUAGUAUUCAUUUACUAUUUGUACAGUAUAGCUUUUUACUGUGGAACAGUGGGAAUGUAAAGAAGUGUAGUGUUUGGAGAUUUAAAGGUUAGUGUGGACAUCAAUUGUAAUGUGCACUAUAUUAAUGUAUGAUUUGAUAUGAUCUUCUGGUCCAAAUUGAUAAUUUACAUAAUGUAGCACACUUUAACAUUUCACACAUAAAAAGACUAGACACGUAGGGACUUCUUCUUUGUUAAAAAGGAACGUCUGCAUUAAGCCGUUUAAUGUCAGUGGACAAUGAGUCAUGUAGCAGCCUUUUAUUUUCGGGAUGUGGCUUCACACUGCUGUGACAGCAUGAUAUUUUACGGUCACUUGUGAACACGCUUACUCUCAGUUCCUUUCUGUUAUAAGGUAUUCAACAUUGAAAAAGUUUUAACCAAAUGUUUUAAUGUCAUAUUAUAAAAAUCAUGUGUUUUUAUAGAUUGGUUUAUCAUGUUGCUUUUUUUUUAAAUAACACAUCGUUUAGCUUUUAUUUAUUUUUUAAAACAAAAACAUUUCCAUUUCCAUUAGACCAAACAGCCCCCUUCCAUAACUCAAACAAGUUUGGUUUAUUCUUUUUAAUGAUGUAUUCUCAUGCUAAAUACAGAAUCCACACUUCAACAGGAAGAAUAACAAAUGUGUUUUGAACUUUGUGUUCAGCAUAUUCGACUUCUUCCCUUAGAAGUAAGAGCUGUAACACUUUGCGCUCUCUAUCGCCUGUAAAUUCAAAUGAUAAUAAACAGAUGUACUUCCAUCAUUGUACUCACCUCUUUUAUUCAUUGUGAUUUAGAGAUGUAUUUCUCAUGCAGUUUAAUCAACUAGGAUCAAUAACUUGAGCAGGACUGAUGGUGGUGAAUAUAGACUCGACACCUUUAUAUCAGAUGGAAAGACAGUAGAUUCCCUUGCUGUGUUUGCCUUAAGAGAUGUGUCUCAAACCGCCUGCU